GGAGGAAGAGGAAAGGAAAGGAGUCAGGCAUGGCUCUUACUCAGGGAGGCUUGACUUUCAGGGAUGUGGCCAUAGAAUUCUCUCAGGAGGAGUGGAAAUGCCUGGACCCUGCUCAGCGGACUUUGUACAGGGACGUGAUGUUGGAGAACUACAGGAACCUGUUCUCCCUGGCAGGAAUCUCUCAUUUUGACCUGAGUCUCAUCUCUAUGUUGGAGCAAGGGAAAGAGCCCUGGACUGUGGAGAGCCAAGUGAUGAUAGCAACAAAACCCAAUGGGUGGGAAUGGAUCAAAGGUGUGAACACAGUUCAGAGCUGGGGCAUCUGUAGUCCUGACACCUGUAUCUUUCUUGGUCUCAUCCUAUCUUCUGUGUUUGGAAGACAUAGUCAGAAGAUGGGAAACACUGGGCUCUCUUUUUUUCUGUCUGGGGCCCCAGAAACUGCAGGGAGCUGUCUCAAGUCCUCGCUGCCUCCUGAAGUUUCACAGGCUUUUCCUUCCACUAUGUUUUUGCCAUACUUCUCAGAUUAGGAGACUUAAGUCACAGAAAUUGAUUUCUCACAAAUCUGGAGUCUGGGAAGUCCUAGGUCAAGGUGCCAGCUGAAUUGGUUCUGGGGGAGAGCCCUCUUCCAAGUUUAGCCCAGCGGUCUUCUGGUUGUGUCC